AUGGCGGGUGAAAAGGCAGACCCCAAGGAGAAGAAGCCUGUGGCCAAGCAUGAAGCCAAGAAGGCAGAUGCGAGUGGCAAAGCUAAGAAAGCCAAGGCCACAGGCAAAACCCCCAAGAAGGGGAAACCUCACUGCAGCCGCAACCCUGUCUUAGUCCGGGGAAUCGGCAGGUAUUCCCGAUCGGCCAUGUAUUCCAGGAAGGCCAUGUACAAGAGAAAGUACUCGGCCACCAAAUCCAGGGUUGAGAAGAAGAAGGAGAAGGUUCUUGCUACUGUCACAAAACCAGUCGGUGGUGACAAGAAUGGGGGUACCCGAGUGGUGAAACUGCGAAAAAUGCCCAGGUACUACCCUACUGAAGACGUGCCUCGGAAGCUGCUGAACCACGGCAAGAAGCCCUUCAGUCAGCACGUGAGGAGGCUGCGUGCAAGCAUCACCCCUGGGACCAUCCUUAUCAUCCUCACAGGGCGCCACCGGGGCAAGAGAGUGGUUUUCCUGAAGCAGCUGGAGAGUGGUUUGCUCCUUGUGACCGGGCCUCUGACCCUCAAUCGUGUUCCUCUGCGGAGAGCACACCAGAAAUUUGUCAUUGCCACCUCCACAAAAGUUGACAUCAGUGGUGUCAAAAUACCAAAGCACCUCACUGAUGCUUACUUUAAGAAGAAGAAGCUGCGCAAGCCGCGCCACCAGGAGGGCGAGAUCUUCGACACAGAAAAGGAGAAAUACGAGAUUACAGAGCAGCGCAAGAUUGACCAGAAAGCUGUGGACUCCCAGAUCUUACCCAAAAUCAAAGCCGUUCCUCAGCUCAAAAGCUACCUGCGUUCUUUAUUCUCCCUCACCAAUGGGGUUUAUCCUCACAAAUUGGUUUUCUAG